GACUUCGUAAUAUAAUGCCCAGUUCUUUUUUUGGUAGCCGAUAGAGCGAGAGUGUUGUCGUGGGGAUUUUUGGGUGGUUUGAGGCUGUGUCCUUCGGGUGGAAGGACGGCCGUGUCAUCCCCCAUCCUGGUAGGUUUCAGGGUGUGACACUCUUCCUAUAAAUACCCACCAACACAAACCUCCGACUCCAUCCACAAACACAAACUACCUUAAACACAACACAUGAUUUCGCAGAAAAUGAGGUUAGGGUCAUUUAUACCGUUGCUCCUCCUGGCCUCGGUGCUCGGAGCCACCACCCAGCAGUGCGGGAGCCAAGCCGGCGAGGCCAAGUGUGUCGGGGGGCUGUGCUGUAGCAAGUUCGGCUACUGCGGAAGCGGUCCUGCCUACUGCGGUGACGGCUUCCAGAUCCAAUGUACUCCUAGUGGCUUGCCGACUCCCUCUGGCGGCGGCGGGGACAUCGGCGGCUUGAUCAGUCAGGACCUGUUCAACAAGCUGCUAAAGCAUCGGAACGACGGGAAUUGCCCCGGCAAAGGGUUCUACACCUACGACGCAUUUAUCACGGCCGCGAAGUCGUUCGGCGGGUUCGGGACGACGGGCGGCACGGGCACGAGGAAGCGAGAGAUUGCAGCAUUUUUGGCUCAGACAUCGCACGAAACCACAGGUGGAUGGGCAAGUGCACCGGACGGUCCAUAUGCAUGGGGAUAUUGCUUCUUGCAAGAGCAAGGCAAUCCUGGAGACUAUUGCGUUGCCAACCAACAAUGGCCUUGUGCUCCUGGCAAGAAAUACUAUGGACGUGGUCCUAUCCAAAUAUCUUACAACUACAACUAUGGCCUGGCGGGGAAAGCCAUCAACUACGACCUCCUGAGCAACCCGGACGCGGUCGCGACCGACCCGGUCAUCUCGUUCAAGACGGCCCUCUGGUUCUGGAUGACGCCGCAGUCGCCGAAGCCCUCGUGCCACGCCGUGGUCACCGGCCAAUGGCAGCCGUCCGCCGCGGACAGCGUGGCAGGACGGGUCCCGGGCUACGGGGUCAUCACCAACAUCAUCAACGGCGGGAUCGAGUGCGGGAAGGGCUCGAACCCGCAGGUGGAGGACCGGAUCGGGUUCUACAAGAGAUAUUGCGACUUGCUAAAGGUGGGAUACGGCAACAAUCUCGACUGCUACAACCAAAGGCCAUUUGCCUAGUUCUAUUACUAUAUCGAGUCAUUGCUCACGUAGUGGUGAUCAAUAAGCUGAGAUGUACUCGUCCUGCGUAUUAAGCUGCGACUGCUAGGUGUUUGUCCACACAUGAAGGACUAAAUAGAGGAUAUUGACCUUUCUAUUA